UCUUGCCUGGUAUUUUCAGGCUUGUUAAUUCUCUGCAGAUUACUGUAGACGAAUCAGAAGCCGAAGAAGAGCUCAAUAGAAACAAGAUCCGAGUUUGAGCCGUACUAAUCCCUUCCUUCAUCAUAAGUCUAUAGAAUCACAUAAAAAAGAAGAAGAUGGGGUUUUGGUCAUUGUUGGAGGUGGCUUCUAUGCCGGUUAUUCAAGUUCUCAUCAUGAGUCUUGUUGGAGCUUUCUUGGCUAGUGAUCGUUGCAAGCUCUUCCCUAUUGAAGCUCGCAACACCAUGAACAAGGUGGUGUUUGUACUAUUUGCACCGGCUCUCAUGUUUGCCAAUCUUGCUCAGACGGUGACACUUGAAGACAUUAUCUCAUGGUGGUUUAUGCCGGUGAACAUGGGACUUACAUUCUUAAUCGGAGGACUUCUUGGGUGGAUGGUUGUCAAGAUUCUGAAACCACCUCCUUAUCUUGAAGGUCUCAUUGUUGCAACUUGUUCCUCAGGAAAUAUGGGGAACCUACCAAUCAUACUUGUCCCAGCAAUCUGCGAUGAGGACAAGAGUCCAUUUGGUAACAGGAGUGUAUGCAGAACCGUUGGGCUCUCUUACGCGUCUUUCUCUAUGGCGCUAGGGGGAUUCUACAUAUGGACAUACACAUUCCGGCUGAUAAAAGGGUCGGCGAUGAAAAUUAAAGCCAUGGAAGAAUCUGAGAAAGCAGCAAUCAAAUCAUCCAAUAAUGACUUAGAGGCUGAUCAGAAGACCCAUCUCCUCAAUGCACAUGAAGACAAAUUGGUAAAGAAAGGGACAGGGUUUUGGAGAAAAGGAGUAGACUUCCUCCAUGAGAUAUUGGAGGAGCUUCUUGCACCACCUACACUUGGUGCAAUUAUCGGUUUCAUCUUCGGUGCAGUAAGAUGGCUCAGGAAUCUUAUCAUAGGUGAUAAUGCUCCUUUAAGAGUAAUUCAAACCACUGCAAAACUCCUUGGAGAUGGUACCAUUCCUUGUAUGACUAUUAUACUAGGGGGAAACCUCAUACAAGGUUUACGUUCUUCGGCAGUCAAACCUGCGGUUGUACUUGGAAUAGUCUGUGUUCGGUAUAUAAUCCUCCCAAUCAUCGGUAUAGGCAUUGUACUAACAGCUGCAAGUCUUGGGUUCCUUCCAGCUGAUCCCUUGUUUCAGUAUGUUUUGAUGCUUCAGUUCACCCUUCCACCUGCCAUGAAUAUUGGCACCAUGACACAGCUGUACAAUGUUGCGCAAGACGAGUGCUCAGUGCUCAUGCUGUGGACAUACUUGGUUGCUAUACUGGCCCUCACCGUAUGGUCCACCAUCUUCCUGCACUUGUUAGUCUAGAGAACCUGCAACAAUGCAUGAGCGCAAGAAGUUUCUAUCUUCUUACUACUACAAAAGACCAUGGGGGAAAACAGAUGCCAAAGCACUGUCAAGGGAUCUUACCAUUCUGUUUGAUCAUAGCUUGAUAGAUUUUUCUGGUUGCAUUUGUACCUUUCUGCAAGUCUACAUUUUUUCCCCAUCUCCCCAUUUGUUAUGCAAAUAUUGUAUCAAGUAUUACAUCAAGAUAAUGAAAAAGCAUAUGGUUAUCAAGAAA